UGAUGGCCGUGAGCGCGCUGCUCGCCCUCGUGCUGUGCACGCUCAUCCUCCCCGUCCUCCUCUUCCUCGUGUCCGUGAAGCUGUGGGAGGUUUACAGCAGCCGCGGGGACGCGCGCUGCGCGCUCCCGCUGCCGCCCGGAUCCAUGGGACUCCCGUUCCUGGGGGAGACCCUACAACUGUUGUUACAGCGGAGGAAGUUCCUGCGGAUGAAGCGUCAGAAGUACGGCCUGAUCUACCGGACGCACCUGUUCGGCCGGCCCACGGUGCGGGUGGGCGGGGCCGCGCUGGUGAAGCAGGUGCUGCUGGGAGAAACCCGGCUGGUGGCGGCGCAGUGGCCGGCGUCGGUGCGGAGCAUCCUGGGGGCGAACACGCUGUCCAGCAUGCACGGGGGGGCGCACCGGGACCACAAGAAGGCCAUCCUGCGGGCCUUCUCCCGGGACGCCCUGCAGCUCUACCUCCCGGUGGUGCAGGAGGAGGUCCGGGCCGCCGUGAGUUCCUGGCUGGCCAGCGACCCGGCCGGCGACCCGGUCCUGGUCUACCCGGAGAUGCGGCGGCUCUGGUUCCGGGUGGCCAUGCGGAUCCUGCUGGGCUUCCAGCCGGACCAGAUCCAGGACCAGGAGCAGGUCCUGAUCGAGGCCUUCGAGGAGAUGACCCGGAACCUGUUCUCCCUGCCCAUUGACGUUCCCUUCAGCGGCCUGUACCGGGGCCUCAAGGCCAGGAACUUCAUCCACUCCAAGAUCGAGGAGAACAUCCAGAAGAAGCUGCAGGAGCCGGACUCGGGUUCCCAGUACCGGGACGCCCUGCAGGAGCUGAUCGACAGCAGCCGGAGGAGCGGCGAGCCGCUCAGCAUGCAGGCCAUCAAGGAGUCGGCCACGGAGCUGCUGUUCGGGGGCCACGAGACCACGGCCAGCACGGCCACGUCCCUGAUCAUGUUCCUGGGCCUGAAUCCGGACGUGGUGGUGAAGCUGAGGCAGGAGCUGCUGGAGCAGGAGCAGCGGGGCAUGGACCUGCAGAAUCUGAGCAUGGAGACGCUACAGCAGCUAACGUACGCCGGCUGCGUCAUCAAGGAGACCCUGAGGAUCAAUCCGCCGGUGCCGGGCGGGUUCCGGGUGGCCCUGAAGACCUUCGAGCUGGGCGGCUACCAGAUCCCCCGCGGCUGGAACGUGAUCUACAGCAUCUGCGACACCCACGACGUGGCGGAGCUGCCGGACCGGGAGGAGUUCCGUCCGGACCGGUUCCUGGGCCCGACCCCCCCGGACCGGUUCCAGUACGUCCCGUUCGGGGGCGGCGCCCGCAUGUGCGUGGGGAGGGAGUUCGCCACGGUGGUGCUGAAGGUUCUGCUGGUGGAGCUGGUGUCGCGCUGCCGCUGGACGCUGCUCAACGGGCCGCCCGCCAUGAAGACGGGCCCCACCGUGUACCCGCUGGACCACCUGCCCACCCGCUUCACCCGCCUGGCCUGAGCCGGGGGGUCGGGGAGAAACCAGAACCAGAACCAGGGGGGGGCCAGAACUGACCCGGGUCACCAUUGUCUCCUGUAUCUUUGUACAUUAGCAACAGGGACACCUUAGCAACCAGGAGAGGCCUUAGCAACCGAGAGAGCCUGUGCAUCCAGGGUGAGACGCCUUAGCAACCAGGAGGCCUUAGC